AUGGCUCGCGCUGUCCUGGCCGUAAGUGAAGGCAUAAGGAGCUGUGCCCGUGGCCGAGUGUUUCGAUAUGUGGUGGGUACGGCUCAGUAUAACCUGGUGCCCCCGGCCGCCUCUGGGCUAAGCCGUCCUUGGUUGUGUGCCGGACAUCUUUGGUCCGAGGAUCCUGAGGGGGCGACUCCAGCUGGGUUGGAAGUGGUCGUUGGACCUGUUGCGCAUCGUAGAAUUUGUUCAUAA